UCAAAGAGCUAAUUUUAUUGAUCUAACAACACAGACAUGAAAGGUUGACAAUUUGUUAACAUUGAAAUGAUUUAAUUCAUGCUGGAGAAACAAAAUCAGAAACAUGACUACAUUAUUAUACUGCAUACGAUCUCACAUAUUUCUAUUAGUUUCUUUCUUUCCACCAAAGUAACUCUGGUAGCACAUUUCUUUCAGUGAGAAAGCCCAAACCAAACUAUGUCUCAAUAUAAACCAAGGCCGAUAAAAGUAGACAAUAAUUUAUACCAAAAAAUACAAAUCAUGUGAUCAAAACCAUAUGAUUUAUCACAAACCAAAAAGACUCAAAUUUCGCACACAUUCAAAAAUCGCAGCCUGAAGACGAACCGUUACAGUUUUUGAUGUGAAAUUCCAGUCUUGUGAAUAUAAUUAUACUGCUUUUUCAGUCAUUUCGGUUUUUAAUUAUUACGUUGUACUUUUAGUAUAUAAUACACCUUUCUUUAAACCCAUGCAGAAACAUUUUUGUCAGCAAAAUUAUUAAGGUAUAUUAAGAAAUUAGCUUUAUGAUCAUACAAAAAUAUUGAUGCCCGUUGUGUCAGUCUAUUAAUAGUAUAUCAUCAUGUCUUUUUUUUUUCUCGAAUAUGAAGCAAUAUCAAACACCUUUGGGAGUGUCUUUACAACAUGAUCCUAGCAACACCAAGGAUGUGGGUUCAGUUCACAGGGAAUGCAUAAGCUGAUAAAAUCUAUGAGUUAAAUGCAACAUAAGAUGUUGUAAAUUAAAAAAAUAAAUAACAAAAUCUAAAAAAAUAUGUUACAACAAGAACCUAAAAAAGCUCUCUAUUCCAGGCAUACUUUGGGAUUAAAACCUCAUGUCUCCAACCCAAUGAGCUCAUCUUCAGACUCCACAGGAGAUAAUAAAGGCUUUGCGUGAGACGAAAUUGAGUAACAAAAGUCACCUGGUUAUGUGGUUUUGUCUGGGAUCAAGUGUAAAGUAUAAAGCUUUUAUACAGAAAACAACCUGUGAUGUCACACUAGUUUAUUGCAUGCUUCACAAAAUGUUCUUGUACACUUGAAUUUUCCUUGAUGGCUUAAAAAAGUUGAAAAAUGAAAGUAGUAGGCUAUCACCACAUGGCCAUACAUUUCCGAUGUAGAUUUAACAAUUAAAACAGGUUCUUGCAGUAGAUAAUCACCAAUGACUUUGGAAGAAGAGCCUUUUUAGAGUGCAAAUGUCUGACUAUUUUAACUGACAUGCUUCCGUAUGAUUAAUAUUAAAAAAGUCUAAAGAUUUUCUGUCGGUUAUGUCUGUUGUUAGCCCAUUUUGUAUGUAUUUUUAUAUUUCUUUAUCAGUUAUUUACGUUUAUACUAGUAUUUAAAAUAAUGUUUAAGUUUCCCUACUUCAAAAUGUCAUGUUUAUUUCAAUGGUACUUUAUGUUUCUUUGUAAUUGUGAUAUCCGCUUGCAAUCUCUGAGUGAAAAUUGUUUCUAUGCCAAUUUUUACACCAUUCUACAGUUUGUAGCUGACAGAUAUGGAAAUAUUAUUUACAAGUUUAAGACAUUUCAAAAUUCUUCAGCCUCCCUAUAGUGUAUUGAGUUUGCUUUUUCAGCACUCUUCCUCUGUUUAAAAAAGAAAGAAAAAAAUCAACAUUUACUCAGAGUUUGGACUGAAGCGGGGAUGGGCGGUAUUAACGCCUUACCCCUGAGACAGAGACUCUUGUUUUCACUUUACAUGAGUGUAUCAGAAUGACAACAUUGCUCAUAAGCAGCUCGUGCAACUUACUAGUUGUUCAGAAGAACCUGACCUGAGCAGCCAACCAACGCGUUAGAAAUGGAGAAUAUUUUUCGCCAAAAUGAACCAACAAAAUGAAGAUGAAGUCUCACAGUUUUGGGGAAGCGGUUCUUUGGAUGCGUACAAGGGGUCAGCGAAGUUGUCAAACUCUUCCGAGUUAAAUGGCACAGAACUCGAGCCUCUCCACCUGUCCCGUGCCGUCCCGCUCGGCUUGGCUUUAGGGACUUUCAUCAUCUUCGCGGUGGCUGGAAACAUCUUGGUGAUACUGUCCGUGGUGUGCAACAGGCACCUGCGAUCUCCAACUAACUAUUUCAUCGUUAAUCUCGCUAUUGCCGACUUGCUCCUCGGCACAACCGUGUUACCCGUAUCAGCCACAUUGGAAAUAUUGGGUUACUGGGUGUUCGGGAGGAUUUUCUGUGAUGUUUGGGCAGCGGUUGAUGUGUUAUGUUGCACCGCAUCCAUCAUGAGUCUGUGCGUAAUCUCCAUUGACCGUUAUAUCGGAGUGAGCCAUCCUUUGCAAUACCCCAACAUCGUGACGGGACGCAGAGCUUUGCUGGCCAUGCUCGGGGUAUGGGUCUUGUCUUUGGUCAUCUCAAUCGGACCUCUGCUAGGAUGGAAGGAGCCUCCGUCACCGGACGACACGGUGUGCGUAAUAACCGAGGAACCCUUUUACGCGCUCUUCUCAUCGCUCGGCUCCUUCUAUAUCCCCUUAAUUGUUAUUCUAGUCAUGUACUGUCGUGUUUAUGUGGUGGCUAAACGGACAACGAAGAAUCUGGAAGCCGGUGUGAAGACGGAAACUAUGAAUUCAGGCGAAAUAACGUUGAGGAUUCAUAGAGGUUCGCAGGUGCACGAGGACUCCGGAGCGGCAGCCAAAGGUCGCGCGCAUCAGGCGAGGAAUUCUCUGACGGUCAAACUUCUGAAGUUCUCCAGGGAAAAGAAAGCAGCCAAGACAUUAGGGGUUGUGGUUGGCAUGUUUACGUUAUGCUGGUUGCCAUUCUUCCUCACUUUACCAAUUGUUGCGUUCAAUGUCAGCCUGCGGCCUCCUGAAACCAUCUUCAAAAUCAUCUUCUGGCUUGGUUACUUCAACAGCUGCUUGAAUCCCAUCAUCUAUCCCUGCUACAGCCGGGAGUUCAAGCUAGCUUUCAUCCGCAUCCUGAAAUGCAGAUGUCACCGCAGGAGACGGCCAGGUUGGAGAGCGUACAACUACCAAGGCUCGCACAUCAACUCCUUCUACUCACGGCAGGACUCAAAGGACUCUGUGAACUAUGGUAGUUACCUAAAUGGGAGCCAGAAAACCCUGUCCUCUGCCAGCCCCAGCCCUAGUUAUCAUACCAAAGGCCUGUCGCAUUUCCAGGAGGACGGACCCAGACAUGCCCGGAGCAGGACACCUUCUGUGUUAUCUGAGAGUACUUUGGAUCAUCAUCUUGAGCCUGUGGAGGAAGAUCCAACCCAGUCUGUAGACAAUCCAUAUCAAGCUGCUUUCAGAAAUUGGCCUCAAGAGCAAUUGAGAGAGUAAGGAUGUCGAACUUUAAGUGGCACAGGACUGCUUUUGUUUUUUAUGGUCAAGAAUAAUAAUAUAAAGAAAUCAUAUUUCUUUCUAAGCUAUUUAAAUCUAAUAUACAAUCUGGUGUUAAUGUACAGCACAGUGUGAAUACUCUGGUAUUCUUUAACAAACACAGCAUUAAAGCAGUUUUGCUGACGAUUUCCACUACUAAAUAAAUGACUUAAUGAUUUUCAUGUUGUAUAGCCGUCAUCAAGAUAUACACAAUACACUUAAAUAUUGUUCUUGCAAAAUGAUGACUUUUUCAUCAUAGAUGAUUAACAAAAGGAUAUAAAACUAAGCAAUGAGCAAAGGGAAGCUAAUUUAGCUAAAUGGGUUUAUCAGCUUCUACUGGAAUGAGAAAAUGUUUCCCACAUCUCAAGAAUCUCAGAGAGGAUUAUUUAUUUAUCAUCAACAGAUGCAUUUCAGAGGCUCUUCACUGGGUAUAGACAAUGCACUGUACAUUUUAUUUACAUUCAUUUUUCAUAAGCACCCAUG